GAUGAAGAGUUGUGAAACAAUGAAUAGGAUAUUUUUUGUAUUAUUUUUAUAUUAUUAUCUGCAUUAAAUAAUUAAUAAUGGCUCAAAGCAAUAUUGUAGUUGUGAUUUCCGAUAUAGUGGCAGAGAUUGUAGAAUUCUCUCUCUACAUUCUCUGAUAGUGGACUUGGUAACUCUUAUGAUCUAUUUGUUUUUCAAAUUAAGCGCCGAUAAACAAAGUUUUUUGCUGGAGUUGUAAAAAAGUAGAAAAAUAAAUUGUAAAAUCUCUGGACCCUUAAAUUAAAACUUUUGCGUAUAUUUUCAAAUUGAAGAUUAAUUAUAUUGAUGUAAAUAGUUGCAAAUAUAGUUCAGAUUCGCCAGUUGUUAAAGAUUUACUGAAUGUCUUCCUAUUCGUUUCGUGGCACAGCCAAAACAUGGAUUCCCCGUGAGGGGGACCAAAUCCAGCCGAAUAUAACAGCAGUUGCCAAGCAGCAAUUGCAAAUUAGCGCAACUGCAGAAGGCGCUUACCCAGAUCCCGAUAAUGAUAAGUGGAACGUCAAACAACUUAUGCGUCUCCUACGCCUCUAUGGCGCACAUCACUGCCUUUGGGAUACGCGGCAUCCUGACAAUCGGAAUCGCAAAUUGCGUAAAGCCGCACUCAUUGAUAUUACCGCCGCUAUGGGUGAAGGUUGCACCUGUGCGCAGGUCUUGCAAAAGAUCAAUGUACUCCGUGCGACUUAUAGAUAUGAGAAACGACGCAUUAAACAGCGCAUGCGCAAAGGUAUAGGCGCUAAAACGAAAUUGAAGUGGUUCGCAUUAGCCGAUUCUUUUCUAAGGAAUGUGCCUAGAGCUGAGAUAAAUAAAAAGAAAGAGGAAGCUGACAGUGACUCGGAUUUGGAAAAUGCGAUAGUGUUCACUAUUGAGCCAGAAGCGUUAAUUUCACUGAGUGAUGACGAGCAUUUUCAAAACGAUGAUUGCAACAUUAAAGUGAAGUUAGAAAAGGUUAACACACAUUUUCCAACAUCUAGCUGUACUGAGGUGGCUAGUCCAUCUUGCAGUAAAACUGAAGAAAUGUCCACAAGUGUAGACGAGCUAACAGAAAAACGGAAAUGGACUACUCACGAGUCCUUGCAAUUCAUAUUUCUGUUACGCUCUUACCCGCUGCUUUGGCAGUUGGACUUAAAUGACUCCUCACUAGUAGAGCAGCAGUUAGCGCGAAGAGAAAAAGCGCUCGAAGACAUUUCGCAUACAAUGCAGUUGCCAUCGCAACGCUUGCGCAGACGUUUAGAAACUUUUCUAGCCAUUUAUCGACAGGAGAUGGCAGCAAUUAAACAAGACAGUCAGCACAAGCCGAAUUUUGCCUGGUGGCCCAUGGUUCAGGAGUACUUGGAGACGCCGCAGUUGGCGAAAAGCAGUACCAACGAAGACAUUGAGGAGGAUAAUCAGCUAAACCGCGAGGAGAUUGAGCCUUCGCCACUUAAUAUGAACAAUUACCACUCAAACGACGCACUAUAUUUCAGUGCGCCAGCAUCACCAACCGUGUCACAAAUUUGUUCACCACUUACGCCAGCACACAAUGAGGAUAGCAAUAGCAACAACGACACUUAUGCCGCGGCGCAGCAAAAUUACACAAACCCACCGUUGAAACUCGUUUGGAAUGGACUCGAGGAUGACUUGCUCGAGGGCAAAUGGUCGCUGAAGCACUCAGUGAAGUUUUUACGCCUCUAUGGCGCACAUCGCUGCCUGUGGGAUCUCAGCGACCCGGACUAUCGUUCGCGUGAGAUGCGUGCGGCUGCUAUCGAGGAUAUUGCCGCGGCCAUGGGUUAUGGGCUGGACCCCGAUUAUGUGGCGAAGAAAAUCAAAAUCUUUCGCAUUACAUAUAUGCAGCAUCGGAAGCGUAUGCUGGAAGCGAUUAAGCAGAAUAGAGCGCCGGAUAUACAGUUGCGCUGGUUCCCAUUGGCCGAUAGCUUUUUGCGACCACACAUCGGCUUGCGUUCGAUCAAAGAGCAAGAGCGCGAAAUGCCACAAUUCGAUUUUCAAUAUGUUUAUGCGAAUCUGAAUCUAAUUGAUCCCAGUCUGCUGGCGGAUCUCAAGUGAAACGUGAAUUGGAUAAUAUUUGAAAUAUAGUUGAUAUAAAAGAAUACACUAAGAUUUGAAAUUAUUGUCAUUAAAAAAUCUUUCUAUAUUUCUUCUUUGUAAAAAAUAUAUAUUUCCAAGCAUUCUUCGUAACUAAACCAUGUCCUCAUUG